AUGACGACAGAUGGCCAGCUCCCACUAUCUGUCAACACUCUGAUUCCAAACGAAGAUGAUGAAGCCAAAGUCAACAUAGUGACUCCUCCAAAUCAAGGUGCCUUGGAGACACGCCUGGAUGAAAGUGGUUUUGUUUCAGAUGAUCAUGAAUUGGAAAGUGUCGAAGAGGCUCUAGAAGCUAGGCAGCAGAGCCUCGCAAUCUUAAAAGAUAUUCCGAUGCAAUUCUACAGUGUGGUUCCGUGGGAACUUGUUGCGACAAUCUGGAGUAGAAAUGUUUCAAGUGAUCAAAUGGCUGCAGCAUGCCAGUCUGCUGUUCCAGAAUUCUUUGACAAGUAUUCGAAAAAGACGUUGGAUGAACGAAGCAAGGAGCUCUUCUUGAAGCAUUGCAACAGUUGCUUAGCAUGGCCGCAACUGGACAACGCGAGACCAAAUGAUGUUUUCUGCGAAUUUCUUAAGACAACCUUUGUUGCGCAGCCUCUCUUCUCAUCAGUCUUCGCAAGCCACAAGCCUCCAGAAACUACAAACUGGGGCAUCGAGACAGAACUGUUCUUACCAGCUUUGAUAUCGCACGGCACAAGGAACCGGUCCGGAGCUGUAGUAGUCGGAAAUCACAUUGCAGGAUGUUCACGCAAACCACUAGAAGGCCCUCGCCUCAGCGCCGUUUGCUUAAUUGAGAAAACGAUCAAGGAAGGAAAAUGUAACCCUCGUGCGAUCAUCGAAGAGGACGAACCAACACUAGUCUUUGAUUCUCAAUUGCAAAUGGAAGCCGCCCUCCAGCAAUCUUGCCAACGAAGGAAAAUCAUGCUCAAAGAAAUGCGAGAGCAGGUUGCCUUGGACCGGGAAGAUAGGGACCCUGAGUUUCGCCGCAUUAGUCAAAUGUUGAUUAUCCGUGUGUUGACGGAGGAGGUAAAUGAAACUGGCGUGUCAACGAUUUGUGUUGGGGAAGGAAAAGGUCAACACAAAGUAGACUAUGUUCGCUUACCACGGCGACGGAAGGCCUUCUCAGAAUUGACACCCAAAAGAAAGAGGCAGAUCGCGCGUCUGCUCAAAGCUAUUGUUAUUCAAUUGGUUGGCUCUGCAAUUGAAGAGCAAGAAGAGCUCCUGUUGAUAUUUAUCAGAGGAUGUUUUGCAACGCUCGUACUACUUUGUGGAGUGGCGUCGCUCUAUUCAAUUGAAGAAUCGCAGCAUUGCGAAAUUGGCUCAAAUGCAGUGUGA